AUGGUAGACUCCAUUGUCUUGAUUAGCUUGGUACUAGUCGUGACGCUGAGAGUGCUACAAUGGGUUUCUCAUUACAAGGACUCUGUGGUGGAUGCGAUUUGGUCGAAACCCGGUGCUUUGAGAUUGCGCGAGUUGAGUAAGAAACUUCAUAGUCUGCAGACACAGCAGAGAUCAAUCAGCGCUCAGGACGAAUAUGCAAAAUGGACAAAGCUUAACCGUCAAAUUGCCCAGCUCGACAAACAAGUGAAAGCGGCACAAGAAGAGCUCAAACAGAUGCGUCAGGCAGGAGAGAAAUCAUUGUCCAGGGUGCGUUUGUUGACUCUGACCGCACCUCUACUCUUGCUACGAUUUUGGAAGGGCAAAACAGUCGUAUACAGCGUUCCACAAGGGAUGUUCCCUCGUUUGAUUGAGACAAUUUUAUCGCAGGGCUGGGCUGCGCUGGCAAUGGCUCCCGUGAGGUACAUUUGGGCACCAGGUCCUUUAAAGCCACUACAAUUGGAGACUCCAGUGUGUCUUGGUAUUUGGAUUUGGGCCCUAACUAGAGUUUUAAACACCGUAGAGUUUGUAGUUAGAAGUUUAGUGGCUUGA